CAUAUAACCUAAAAGCGUAUGAUGAAUAUGUAUAUAGAUAUAUAAACAAGUUUUUAUGAAGAUAGUUCAUUAGAUAAUUAAAUAAAUUAAGAUAUCGUUUUAAGAAUAAAUUAUUAUUAAAAAUAUAUAUGAAACUGAUUGAUUAAUCAUUUAUUUUAAAUGAUACAAAAUGCAAGUCUCAGAAAUUGACAAUGUUAAGAUUUAUAAUCUUAGUGCUGGAAAAUCACUACCAGAGUGGUUGUCAGAAAGAAAACGAAGAACCUUAUUAAAGAAAAAUGUCGAUAUACGUAGACGUAUAGAACUAAUUCAAGAUUUUGAUAUGCCAGGAGUAAGCACAAGUGUUAAAAUAUCUCCUGACGGUCAAUAUAUACUUGCUACUGGCAUCUAUAAACCUCGAGUGAAAUGUUUUGAUGUAAACAACUUAUCACAAAAAUUUGAAAGAUGCUUUGACUCAGAAGUUGUAACAUUUGAAAUAUUGAGUGAUGACUACAGUAAAUUAGUAUUUUUGCAGUGUGAUAGGUAUGUCGAAAUCCAUGUUGCUCACGGUAGACACUAUCGUCUUAGAAUACCAAACUUUGGGAGAGAUUUAUGUUAUCACAAACCAUCAUGUGAUUUAUUUUUAGUUGGAGCAUCUAGUAAUAUAUUUCGUCUUAAUUUAGAAAGAGGACAAUUCCUACAACCUUUCACAACAAACAGCAAUUCAAUAAACUGUUCAGUGGUGAAUCCAGAACAUAAUUUGUUGUGCGUGGGAACAGCAGGAGCUACUGUAGAAGCAUGGGAUCCUAGAUGUAGAGAACGUUGUAAUACCUUAGACUGUGCUUUAAGCUUACAUGAUAACAUGGUUGAAACUUUUCCUGCUAUAACAUCAAUGGCCUUUAAAAACGGAUUAACAAUGGGAGUAGGGACGGCUUCAGGACACAUACUACUGUAUGAUAUUAGAUCUUCACAUCCAUUGCUUAUUAAAGAUCAUAUGAAUGGUCUUCCUAUAAAUGAUGUUGCUUUUCAUAGUAAUAUGGAUUAUGUCUACAGUAUGGACACGAGCGUAUUGAAAAUUUGGGAUGCUAGUUCCGGAAAACAGUACACAGCAAUAGAAUCACAAUCUGACUUAAACAACCUAUGUGUGGUGCCUGGUUCAGGAUUGUUAUUUAUGGCCAAUGAGGAGACAAAAAUGCUGACGUAUUACAUUCCUUCUUUGGGCCCAGCACCAAAAUGGUGCUCUUUCUUGGACAAUCUCACAGAAGAGCUUCAGUCACAAAAUACACAAGAAAUUUAUGAUGACUACAAGUUUGUGACUUUAGAUGAAUUGAAAGCUUUGGACUUGGAACAUCUUAUAGGAACACCUCUAUUGAGGGCUUAUAUGCACGGUUAUUUCAUUGACAUCCGGCUUUACCGCAAAGCAAAAUCUGUGGCAGAUCCAUUUGAGUUUGCAGAAUAUCGAAAACGUAAAAUCAGGGAAAAAAUUGAACAAAGUCGUCCAAAUCGCUUGCAGCUCAAUGAUUUACCUUCAGUUAAUAAAGAAUUUGCUUUGAAAUUAAUGAACAAUCAAAGCAAUGCCAAAAAAACUAAAGCAUCAGAGACUUUGUUGAAAGAUGACCGGUUCUCAGCCAUGUUCAAAAAUCCAGAUUUUGAAAUUGACAAAAAUACUGAAGAAUUUCGUCUUCUUAAUCCUGUUUUAUCAAAACUAGAUAAAACAAAAGCGAAAACUAUGCAAAAAGCAGUCACAAGCCAAUUUGAAAUGAUUGAUGAUGAUGAAAAACAAGAAAGUUCAGAUGAUUUGUUAAGUGAAUAUUCUUCUGAUGACGAACAUCAAUGGACACAAGAAGUCAAGAAAGAACAUAGAAAAAUACAAAAUGAAGCUAGACGAAAGGCUGAAAUGGAACAAGAAAAUAAUAAUGACAAACAAAAAGAUCCAAAAUUAUAUGCAUUAAAAACUGGUGAGGAGUAUAACUAUAACAAAGGAUUCAAGAUUAAACGUAACAAAAAAACUCUUGGUGAAAGAAUUGGCGAAGAGAAAACAGAUUACAGAAUGUUGGGGUCUGUAGGAAGGCGUGAAAUGACAUUUAGUACUUAUAAAAAAAAGGAUUCUAAAACACUAGAGAAUAUGAAGAAACACAGAGAUGAAAGGAGAAAGGUGAUUAGACCCACAACAGGGAUACAGAAGAAAAUGAAAUUUUGGUGAAUAAGAAAUACAAAG